AUGGGUUGCUGUUGUGACCGAAGAGCAGUCUUCGGCGGCACCGGACUGCUUUUCAUAAUUAUAGCGUCUGUUAUGUACCCACUUAUUGAUAUUGUGACAGUAUCGGAGCUGGAGAAAAAUAAUGUUAUGAAAAAUGGAACGAUUCUUUACGAAAAUCUCCGAAAUCCAAGUCCUCUUGUGCUCUACGAAUUCUACUUUUGGAGUCUGGAAAAUGGCGCAGAAUAUGUCGCCGGCACGGAUGAGAAACUUUCUUUUGUCCAAAAGGGGCCUUACACUUACGUGGAAAAUUAUGGAAGAGAUCAAAUCGAACAGAAUAAUGGAGAUUAUGAAAAUUCAACUUAUUAUUCUUUCCGACAAACGCGAUUGUUUACAUGGAGCCAAGAGUAUUCCUGUGAAGACUGUAAGAAAGACGAUAAACCAGUGACUGCAAAUAUUGUUGCAAACGCCAUCCAUGGAAUCGUCACCGACAUCUCGCGAAAACGAGAUUGGAAAAACAACGAAAUCAUCAUCGAAUGCGACAAGGGUAUUUCAGAACCAACUGCUGACUGCAACUUUGCGCUUUCAAAGCAGAAUUGUGUCGGGUUCCAAGCGCCAAAAGAGUGCUACGAAGAAAACCUUGAGAAUUGGUUGAUGAUUCUCGCUGAAGACGUGUUUGUCAACGCAGGAGCAAAAUUAUACGACGACGAGAAAACCGUAGACCAGAUUCUUUUUGGCUUUGAAGACGAUAUUUUCAAACAACUCGGCCAAAACCUCGCCGAUCGGGCAGCUGAUCAAGCCCCGGUCUCGCCAAUCAAACCGAUCCUAGAAGAUCUUUCUGAUAUCUUCAUUAACCUCACCUACGGUCUCUUUCAGCCAAAGAACGGCACCGUCGAAGAACCAGGAAGUGGCUGGGAUCACUUCAAAAAUCGAAACGGAAACGGACAGAGCUGCUUAGAUGGACAAACAACUUGCGCUUACCGAGUGAAUGAAAUUCUAGAGUGGGAAGGAAAAACGGACCUUGCGCCUUGGUACGGCGAAGACAAAGUCAAUUACUGUAAUAGAAUCGAGGGUACAGAUGGACAAUCAAUUUUCACUGACACUCGCAAGGAAGACACUCUAAAUUUUUUCAUCUCUGAUCUUUGCAGAACAGUUUUCAUGGUUCCUGCAAAAGUUACAGUGAAUCUUGAAGGUGAUGGCUACAAGAUCCCGUCGGAAGUUUGGUUUGGCCCGCCAGAUGUUUUUUACACAAAAAGCCGACCGGAAAACAGAUGUUACUGUUCACCAAAUCUUCCUGAAGGAUGGUGCGAAAAGUAUGAUGGCCUUCACAUGAUGGAUCAGUGUCAAAUGGGAGCGCCUGCAGUUGCCACUGGUCCGCACUUUUCCGGCGGCUCACUCCGAUGGAGAGAAGAUAUUGAAGGGAUGAAUCCCCACGAAACUCCAUUUUUUGAGUGGGGAAAUUCUGAGCAUACUUCUUUCAACGGAUACGACUUGAAUUCUGGUGCAAUUACGUUCAACUCAAAAAAGAUCCAGAUCAACUUUUUGGUCAAGAAGGAUAAACGAAUUAGCAUUCUUGAUCAAGUCAAAAAUGAAGACGCAGUUGUAUGGCCGAUUUUCUGGUCAAACGAAACCAUGAAGCUUGACGACGACACUGCCCGAUCGCUUUAUGAGGCCUCCGUAAAACCAAUGAAGAUUGGAAGCUCUCUUCAAUAUACGAUGUUUGCUCUAGGAGGAUUUCUCAUCCUUAUUGGCAUUGUGGAGCAUUUUAGAACUCAGAGGAAACAAGUUGACGUUCCGGAGAAAGAAUCUGUUGAGGCAGCCGUGGACGACCCUUUCAAACAAGAAGAUAAUAAAUCCGAAACUUUGUAA